AUGGCAAAUUCUGAAAGUGUUGAAGAAAUGCAAGAAAAUUAUCAGAGAAAUAGAAAACUGCAAGAACUGCCCAAAGUAAGACAGCAAGUUGUUGGACCUACUGAGAUAUUUUGCUUUGCUGAUGGACUGGACAUCACACUCAUGAUCCUAGGAUUACUACCAUCACUAGUAAAUGGGGCCUGUCUUCCUGUAUUGUCACUGAUUUUAGGAGAAAUGAGUGACAGUCUUAUCAGUGGAUGUCUAGUCAAAACCAACACAACAAAUUAUCGGAACUGUACUCAGUCUCAAGAGAAGGUGAAUGAAGAUAUGAUUGUGUUGAUCCUGUAUUAUGUUGGAAUAGGAGUUACUGCCAUGGUUUUUGGCUACAUACAGAUUUCCUUUUGGGUUAUGACUGCAGCUCGACAGACCACAAGAAUUCGAAAACAGUUUUUUCAUUCAAUUUUGUCUCAGGACAUCAGCUGGUUUGACAGUUGUGACAUCGGUGAACUUAAUACUCGCAUGACUGAUGACAUCAACAAAAUCAAUGAUGGUAUCGGAGACAAGAUUGCUCUGUUGUUUCAAAACAUGUCUACUUUUUCUGUUGGCCUGGCGAUUGGUUUGGUGAAGGGCUGGAAACUCACCCUGGUGACUCUGUCCACAUCACCUCUUAUAACUGCUUCAGCAGCCAUGUUUUCUAAGAUAGUUAUCUCAUUGUCCAGUAAGGAAUUAAAUGCUUAUUCCAAAGCUGGGGCUGUAGCAGAAGAAGUCUUGUCAUCAAUCCGAAGAGUCAUAGCCUUUGGGGCCCAGGAAAAAGAAAUUCAAAGGUAUACACAGAAUCUAAAAGAUGCAAAGAAUGUUGGCAUGAAAAAAGCUAUAGUCAAACUCUAUCUUGGUGCUGUGUACUUCUUUAUGAAUGGAACCUACGGACUUGCUUUUUGGUAUGGAACCUCCUUGAUUCUUAGUGGAGAACCUGAUUAUACCAUUGGAACUGUUCUUGCUGUUUUUUUUAGUUUAAUCCAUACUAUUUAUUGCAUUGGAGCAGCAGCCCCUAGCUUUGAAAGCUUCACUAUAGCCAGAGGAGCCGCCUUUAAUAUUUUCCACAUUAUUGAUAAGAAACCUGCUAUAGAUAAGUUUUCAACAACAGGCUAUAAAUCGGAAUGCAUAGAAGGAAAUGUGGAAUUUAAAAAUGCUUCUUUCAGGUAUCCAUCAAGACCAUCUAUCAAAAUUCUGAAAGGUCUGAAUCUCAGAAUUAAGUCUGGAGAGACAGUAGCCUUGGUUGGCCCCAACGGCAGUGGGAAGAGUACAGCAGUCCAACUUCUGCAGAGGUUAUAUGAUCCUGAUGACGGCUUUAUCACGGUGGAUGGUAACGACAUCAGAACUUUAAAUGUGCAGCAUUAUCGAGAACAUUUUGGAGUGGUCAGCCAAGAGCCUGUUUUGUUUGGGACCACCAUUAAUAACAAUAUUAGAUAUGGACGAGAUGGCGUGACUGAUGAAGACAUUGAGAAAGCUGCAAAGGAAGCAAAUGCUUAUGAUUUUAUAAUGGAGUUCCCCAUGAAAUUUAAUACCUUGGUAGGGGAAAAAGGAGCUCAAAUGAGUGGAGGACAGAAACAGAGAAUCGUGGUUGCUCGAGCUUUAGUUCGAAACCCGAAGAUUCUGAUCUUAGAUGAGGCUACUUCUGCCCUAGACACAGAAAGCGAAUCAGUGGUUCAAGCUGCACUGGAGAAGCCCAACUGCCUGAUUUGCUGUAGCCUCUAUCAUGAUUACACCUCAUCUUUUUCUCCCUGGCAAACUUCUAUUGUUUCAUUAAGACCCUACUCAAAAUCAUCUAUAAAAGAUGGGAUGGUGGUGGAAAAAGGAACACAUGCUGAACUAAUGGCAAAACAAGGUCUAUAUUAUUCACUUGCAAUGUCACAGGAUAUUAAAAAAGCUGAUGAACAGAUGAACUCAAUGGCAUAUUCUACUGAAAAAGAUAUCAGCUCAAUUCCUCUGUGCUCUAUGAAUAGCAUCAAGUCAGACUUUACUGACAAGUCUGAGGAAUCCAUCCAAAAUAAAGAGACAAGUCUUCCUGAAGUUUCUCUAUUAAAAAUUUUUAAAUUAAACAAGUCUGAAUGGCCUUCUGUGGUUCUGGGGACAUUGGCUUCUGUUCUAAAUGGAACUGUUCAUCCAGUAUUUUCCAUCAUCUUUGCAAAAAUUGUAACUAUGUUUGAAAAUGAUGAUAAAACCACAUUAAAGCAUGAUGCAGAAAUUUAUUCCAUGAUAUUUGUAAUGUUGGGUAUUAUUUGCUUUGUCAGUUAUUUCAUUCAGGGAUUAUUUUAUGGCAGAGCAGGGGAAAUUUUAACCAUGAGAUUAAGACACUUGGCAUUUAAAGCCAUGUUAUAUCAGGGUAUCUCCUGGUUUGAUGAUAAGGAAAACAGCACAGGAGCCUUGACAACAAUAUUAGCCAUAGAUAUAGCACAAAUUCAAGGAGCAACAGGAUCAAGGGUUGGUGUCUUAACACAAAAUGCAACUAACAUGGGACUUUCAGUUAUCAUUUCUUUCAUAUAUGGAUGGGAGAUGACACUCUUGAUUCUGAGUAUUGCUCCGGUACUUGCUCUGACAGGAAUGAUUGAAAUGGCAGCAAUGACUGGAUUUGCCAACAAGGAUAAGCAAGAACUUAAGCAUGCUGGAAAGAUAGCAACCAAAGCUGUGGAGAAUAUACGCACUACAGUGUCAUUCACAAGAGAAAAAGCCUUCGAGCAAAUGUAUGAGGAGAUGCUUCAGACUCAGCACAGAAAUACCUUGAAGAAAGCACAGAUCAUUGGAAUCUGUUAUGCAUUCAGCCAUGCCUUUGUAUAUUUUGCCUAUGCAGCGUGUUUUCGAUUUGGAACUUAUUUAAUUCAAGCAGGACAAAUGACCCCAGAGGGCAUGUUCAUAGUUUUUACUGCAAUUGCAUAUGGAGCUAUGGCCAUUGGAGAAACACUUGUUUUGGCACCUGAAUAUUCGAGAGCCAAAUCUGGGGCUGCACAUCUGUUUGCUUUGUUGGAAAAGAAACCAACUAUAGACAGCUAUAGUCAAGAACGGAAAAAACCUGACAUAUGUGAAGGGAAUAUAGAGUUCCGAGAAGUCUCUUUCUUCUAUCCAUGCCGCCCAGAUGUUCUAAUCCUUCACAGUUUAUCCCGCAGCAUUGAGAAAGGGAAGACUGUAGUAGCAUUUGUUGGGAGCAGUGGCUGUGGGAAAAGCACUUCUGUCCAACUUCUGCAGAGAUUUUAUGACCCAGUGAAAGGACAAGUGCUCUUUGAUGGUGUGGAUGCAAAGGAAUUGAACGCACAGUGGCUGCGUUCCCAAAUAGCAAUCGUUUCUCAAGAGCCUGUGCUAUUCAACUGUAGCAUUGCUGAGAACAUUGCCUAUGGUGAUAACAGCCGUGUCGUGCCAUUGAAUGAGAUAAAAGAAGUAGCAAAUGCAGCGAAUAUCCACUCUUUUAUUGAGAGUCUCCCUGAGAAAUACAGCACACAAGUUGGACUGAAAGGAACACAGCUUUCUGGCGGCCAGAAACAAAGACUAGCUAUUGCAAGGGCUCUUCUCCGAAAACCAAAAAUUUUGUUGUUGGAUGAGGCCACUUCAGCCCUUGAUAAUGAGAGUGAAAAGGUGGUUCAGCAUGCCCUUGAUAAGGCCAGUAAGGGGAGGACGUGCCUAGUGGUAGCUCACAGACUCUCCACGAUACAGAAUGCAGAUUUGAUAGUGGUUCUGCACAAUGGAAAAAUAAAGGAACAAGGAGCUCAUCAAGAGCUCCUGAGAAAUUGAGACAUAUAUUUUAAAUUAGUAAAUGCACAGUCAGUGCAGUGA